AAAAUGGUUCAGGUAGUAUUGCAACGUGACAUUGUCGGGAGGCAGCAAGCAGCUUGAGAAUUUCCCACGAAACAAAUAGCAGCUCGGAGGAAGCGCCUUUCCAUUAAGUAGGACUGCAUGGCCAGCCGCCCCCACUGAAGGGCUGAAAAUGAGUAUCCCGGUGGCUCCGAAGAAAUCGUGUUACGCUCCGUUGCGGGACAACAGAAAUGGAGUGAAAAAUAAUAACGAGAGUAUCCUAAGUCUGGGAGAUACAAAUGCCAAUCAGAUCAUGUUGGAGGUCCGUUCCUCUCAUGAUGGGUCUGGGACAGGUGACCCGACAGAUGAAAUGAGAAACGCAAAUUCAAGGGAGCCAGAGAACAGCACCCCCUUCAGUAAGGAAUUCCACCAACUUCAGGGCUUUGGGCAGGGACUGCAGGCUGGCCCCGCCGGCCUGAAAGAUUUUAAAUUUUCUUCCACCGUUCACGGAGGACCGGACGAAGAGCACACAACGGAGAGAGGCACAGAUCCCCUCCAGACCCCUUGGAGUAUUCAGGGAGCAAGUCUGUCAAGUUGGAGGCAUGUCAUGGCUGAGGCCGGUCCAGAGGUUUCGGCUAAAAGGGACGCUGACCCGCCCCGGCAGGCUCCUAAGGACAAGUUGGCAAAGACCCUUGACAACGAGGAAUUGAGAAGGCAUUCUCUGGAAAGGGCUGGAAGCGCUGCUGUUGUCGUGGAUGUGCCCCCGAGGGAGCACGGUGGGAGCCUCACCGGGCAGAGUCCGCAGCCCACACCGCUGGACUCCGAGGCCCCGCGUCCUGAGCCCGGUGGUGGGGACGGGCCGCGGACGAUGUCCACGGCCCCCUCUCUCGGGGCGGCCUUUCUUCCGGCUGACUGUACCUCAGAGGGAAAGAGUGUGCGUCAUCCUAAACCAUCUACCUCAGCAGCCAAGGAGACCACCCCCUCGGAGACCCAGACGGGACGUCCACCGAGAGUUAGCGACGAGAGCACAUCACGUUCUGCCCCCGCAGAGCCCGGUCCCCGUUCGGCUUCAGCCCCGAAGGGAAUCCCGAGUAAGCCAGAAGCACAAUUAGGUCAGGGAAAGGGAGAGCCCCAGCCGGAGCCGAAGGUCGUCCACCCCAAGGCCGUGCAGGAACUGAAGUCAACCCCGGCGGAGUGUGUGGGAUGCUCGAAGGAAGGGGCUGUGUUGUCCCUGGAACGGAAGGGGCCUGGUGGGAAGGCACAGCAGGAAACUGCCCCCGGUGGCACACCUAGCCUGUCACCUAACGGGCUCCAGCACGUCGGGGCGGGAAGAGGCAGGAGCGAGCAGGACAAGAGAGCGGGCAGCCUACCUGAGGAGGGUGCUCUUCAGCCCACGCUCACCCAGGGCCUUGCUUCCUUGGCAGCCGCCGAUAAGCAGCCCGCAGGUAAAGUUUCAGCAGGCGCAGCCAGGAAGCCCGGCGAAAUGGCAUCCGGUGCCGCUUCGUCGGGAGACGGCCAGGUACCUCUUACCCUUUAUGAUCCACCUGACAGGAGGCCCUCAGAGGCCAGUGAGGCGAGAGCGCUGGACGGCGGGCACGUGGACAGUGCUGCGGCUUGUACUUCGGAUCCUUCUGUUGGAGAGAGCCACGCCGGGGUCCCCGAGCCCUUUGACCCUCAAGGCAACAGCUCCGAAGGAGGGGCCGGCAAAGAGGUCACGGCAGCUGUUGCAGGAAAUAGGAACCUUCUGGAAAGUGCAGCUGAGACCGAACGCGCCCCCGGGGGAGCGGGCGCCCUUCGCAGCGCCCCGGCACCCCUCCAUCCAGAGACGACCGCGAAUGUGACCCACCAGCCUACACCAGCUAGUAGCAGCAGCUUUCAGGACUUGGGCGCGUCGGGUGCGGGUGCGAGGCCCCCCUCGGCCGCCGUCCCCCCCGCCGAUAGCGCGCGGUUGUCGAACCCCCCCCCCAAAGUGCCUGACAAGAGCACCUGCCCCGGCGGGGUCCCCGAGCCUGUCCUCCCACCUUCUGAAGACACCCCUCCCUCACAGGAUGGAAUGGAGGACCACCAGGUUGAAAAAGCGGAAGAAAGGACAGAACCCAAGCCCAUCGUUCUGCCCAAGCCCAAGCACGUGAGGCCCAAGAUCAUCACCUACAUCAGGAGGAGUCCUCAGGCCCUCGGCCAGGUGGACGCUUCGCUGGUGCCAGUGGGGCUUCCUUACGCUCCGCCCACGUGUCCCAUGCCUCUUCCCAAAGAGGAGAAGGCAGCAGGUGGUGACCUGUAUGAGAAAUUCAAGCCAGACUUGCAGAAGCCACGGGUCUUCAGUUCCGGGUUGAUGGUGUCUGGGAUCAAGCCCCCAGGACACCAUUUCAGUCAGAUGAGUGAGAAGUUUUUGCAGGAGGUGACAGAACGCCCCGGAAAAGAAGAAUUUUGCAGUCCGUCCUAUACUCAUUAUGAAGUUCCUCCAACUUUCUACCGAUCGGCCAUGCUCCUUAAGCCCCAGUUGGGAUUGGGUGCAAUGUCCCGUUUACCAUCUGCAAAGAGCAGGAUCCUGAUCGCGAGUCAGAGGUCCUCAGCGAGUGCCAUCCACCCACCAGGACCCAUCGCGGCAGCUGCUGGCCUCUACAGUCCCGAUUCGGCAGCAGAUUUAAAGAAAGCCUCCGGUUCAAAUGCUGCAAAAUCCAAUCUACCAAAAUCUGGACUUCGUCCUCCUGGAUACUCACGUCUCCCAGCAGCCAAGCUGGCGGCGUUUGGCUUCGUGAGGAGCUCCAGCGUGUCCUCGGUCUCCAGCACCCAGUCCGCGGACAGCGCGCAGCCGGAGCAGAGCAGACUGGCCAACCGGUCAACCUUUGGGAAUGAAGACCAGCCAGCUCCGAAGGCGGCUCUGCCUUCCAAAGAUGCACCCAAGGGGGCCAGCCGGGCGACCCCUCCAGCGUCCUCCAGUGUGACAACACCCCGCCGGAGUUUGCUUCCAGCGCCCAAAUCCACAUCUAUACCCGCUGGAUCCAAGAAAGAAGUACAAAAAGAUCAAGAUGCUAAUAAACCUGCUGUUUCGUCCCCUAAGAGAACAGUGGCUGCAACCACCAAGCUUCAUUCACCAGGAUACCCCAAACAGAGGACAGCGGCUCCCCGAAAUGGCUUUUCCCCCAAGCCGGACCUGCAGGUGCGCGAAGCCGAGCGGCAGCUGGUGCAGCGGCUGAAAGACAGGUGCCAGCAGCAGGCCCGGCAGCUGGUCCUGGUCCAGGCGGAGCUGCGGAGGGCCGUGUGUGGCUUCCAGGCCCUUGCCGUGUCUACCCAGUAUUUCUCCAGAAAGAAUGAAAGUGCCCUUGUGAAAGAAAAAGAGCUGUCAAUCGAACUUGCAAACGUCAGGGAUGAAGUUGCCUUCAACGCGGCCAAGUGUGAGAAACUACAAAAGGAGAAGGAGGACCUGGAGUGGAGGUUUGAGGAGCAGGUGCGCGAGCUGGGCUGGCGGCAGCAGGCGGAGCUCCAGGACCUGGAGGAGAGGCUGCAGGUGCAGUUCCAGGCGGAGGCGAUGCGCCUGCAGGAGGCGCACCACGCCCAGCUGCUGCGGAUCAAGUGUCAGCACCAGGAGCAGGUAGAAGACAUCACGGCCAGCCAUGAGGCUGCUGUCCUGGAGAUGGAGAAUAACCACACGGUAGCCAUCGCGAUCCUACAGGAUGACCACCACCUCAAGGUCCAAGAACUGAUGUCUACCCAUGAGCUUGAAAAGAAAGAAUUGGAAGAAAAUUUUGAAAAGCUGCGGCUGUCAUUACAGGACCAGGUACACAUGCUGACCUUCCAGAGCCAGUCUCUGCGGGACCGGGCCAGACGCUUUGAGGAGGCCCUGAGGAAGAACACCGAGGAGCAGCUGGAGAUUGCACUGGCUCCCUAUCAGCACUUGGAAGAAGACAUGAAGAGUUUGAAGCAGGUAUUAGAGAUGAAGAAUCAGCAAAUACACCAGCAGGAAAAGAAGAUCAUUGAGCUAGAAAAACUGGCGGAAAAGAACAUUAUUCUAGAAGAAAAGAUCCAGGUUCUCCAGCAGCAGAACGAAGACCUCAAAGCAAGGAUCGACCAGAACACCGUUGUCACAAGACAACUGUCGGAGGAAAAUGCCAAUCUCCAGGAAUACGUGGAGAAAGAAACCCAGGAGAAGAAGAGACUGAGCCGAACCAACGAAGAGCUGCUUUGGAAGCUCCAAACCGGGGACCCGACCAGCCCGGUUAAACUGUCCCCCACAUCCCCUGUUUACCGCGGCUCCUCCUCGGGGCCCUCCUCUCCCGCCAGAGUCAGCACGACGCCCAGAUGACGCCGCCGCCACGCCGCCUGCGGGAGCCGUGGCUCCUGUCCACCCGGGGCUCCUACCUGGAGGGAGAAUUGACCAGGGGCCGGCCCGGGGCUGGCCCUGCACGCAUGCUCAGUAGCUGCCUCGCUGCAUUCUAAGCCAAGUCCUCUUCCGAUCCUCGUGUAAGACUGUCCUGGCAUUGGCACUUAGGAAAGCGUAAACGGUAGUGUCUGAUGUGCAAACGUUUGACCGUAGUUAGAGCCAAAAGAAAGAAAGAAACUCCAGUUGUUGCCGAGCAAUGAACUUCCACUGCAGAAUUUCAGGUUAGUUACAAAUAGCUCAGUUUUGAAUAUACAUUGAAUAAUCAUUGUGUACUGCACCGACCUGUGUGUAUAUUUAGAUACACGUAUAUACACAUGCAGCGGUUCUGAAUUGCAUUUUUUAUAACACGAAGUGCUGACAUAUUUUGGUGAAGGUCAGCAGUUUUCUAACUUGUGCCUAAGAAUUAUUGGGAAAUGAAAAUGCAUUUCUAUCUAGCUUCCCAGGAAUAUUUCUACCCAAAAUAGAAAAAGGAAAAAAAAAAAAAAAGAUACAGAGAAGAAGCACCUUGCAACCUACCACCAAGUGGUCCUCUAACACAAACACCAGCGAUCUGUGAACGGUAACUGCCUUCGGAACAGUCAGCUUCGUAGUCAACAUGAUGUGAGGUCACUAUUAUCCCAUUCACAAGUUCUAUUACUACUCCUGUCGUGAGUGGCGAAGGGUUGGGGUGGGGGGGAGCCCCUCGGGGGUUUGGCUUUUCUCGUGGACGGCACUCAUGACAGUGGCUCAUCUACAGUCUCGUAAACACGAGUUUUGCUUUUUACCCAAGCGGCAUCUUGGAAUCCGUCGUCACGCUCUUGCCCCCUUGGGAAAAUGUGGAAGAGCCUGGCCUUCUAGCGUGAGGGGGAGGAUGGCCUUGGAGUUGGCCAAGACCAUCCGCACUCCAUCCUCAGGAAGGAGAACCGCUAGUACGAUCUGUAUCUUGACUGAGCACAGAGUAGGAAAGCGUCCUCUGGCACCCCGUGUCGUUUGCUCUCACGCGAUUCCAUAAAGGGUCAACCCACCGAAACGGGACCCCGGGCCCCCACGUCAUAGGCAACCUUCGGUUCUGUAACUCAACCCCCUCACUGUUCGUUGAGGUGGCUCAGGGGUUCUGGCAGGAGCUUCCAGAAAGCCAGCCCUUCCAUCCUGGGGGAUCCGUUCCAAGCUGUGCUAGACCAUCACAUGACCUCCCGCAAAGCCAGGCGUGUUUUCUGCCGGACGACCAAGCAGUACCACAGCCGACGGCGGUCCCUUCUUAGGCCCAGGAGGUUCUUCCCAAUGGAGGAGCCCACUGAAACCGCCAGCCAGCGGUCCUGGCUCCUGGACUGGCAUGCAUCUCGGAAUCGGUAGACUUAGACCGUGCAAGCUGUCCCCGUAAGUGCUAUGGAGGUAUAGGAGCAGAAUACACAAAGAAAGACGUAGUUUUGAUGGUCGAUACGGUGACGGCAGUGAUGCCUUUGGUUCCCGUUGGUGACAAAGACCCUGCGCUUUCUCCCGAUGGCCCCUCAAAAUCGUCCCGAGCACAGGGCUGCCUCUGAGCCUGCCCCAGGCCAGCAGACUCACGCAGGGAUGCUCCGGGCCGGGAAGAAAUGGCCUGCGGGGUGGGGGUGGGGGGACCUGCUCGGCACGCACGCGGCCAGCCUGAAGAUAGGCCCAUCGGCGGUCCUUGCGUGAGUCGAGGCUGGCCGGCCUCGGCUACAUCUCAUUUCUCGCAAACCUCCAAGGGUCUCUGCCCAUCCUAGAGACCCACACGAUGGAUCCCCAUUGAAGAAACAUUUCUCUUUUCCUUUGGUGGCUCUGCAUGAUGUUGUGAUAUUGAGUUGGGCAUUCCGUUAGAGUAGAUCCUGCCACGUUGAUGAAAGACACAAUGAUUUAUUCUAUUAGCAGGCGCCACCUGCAGAGGACGGCUCAGCAGCCCCGCGCUGCCAGUCAGGAACUGCUUCCAUCACACCUGCUAAACGCAGUUACACGGCAAUACGCGUUUCAGUGUUACAUUAGAACGUGCGACGGACGGCGUGGUAGCCUAUUGCAAAGUUGUAGAGACGUUAGAACUAAGUAAUCCCUCGCUAGGUGGACUAGAGCUUUGCCCUAACCAGCCCCGACCUCGGGUACUUGAGCGAAUUCCCACGUUGCUCUGGCCUCCUUCCUUCAUCGUGGACGCCCGUCACGUGUCGCUCCUAUCCUGAAACGUGGGGGGCGGCAGCCGCUGUGCCCCGUCCCCCCCCUCCCCCGACCCCAUCCCUCCCACCCCGUUAGGACUUGGACCUCUGACAUGGAAGUCUCCCUGGCGCCCCCUCCCAGGCUGGAAUGGUUUCCACAUACGGAUGCUGCAGCCUUCCCCGCCUGCCUCAUACCCACCAAACCUCACCAGCCUCUUCCCGGUGUUCGGGAGACAUGUCCGUGCCCUUGCACCCACCCCCGCCCACCACAAGUGGGAUGAGGUUCUGGGGGGGGGGGGUGCGGUGUCAGGGGAGGGGAGGGGGCUGACGGGCUGGCACACUUGCUAUUUGAUGGGGCCACACGCUAUUUAUCUGGCCCCUCCAGUUUCUGUGUUGCAUAUUUGUGUUUGAAGCAUAUUAAAAUUAACUUGAGGGA